AAUAAAAUAACGCAAUCUCAGAAAAUGAACGCCGGUAGUUUGCGAGAAGGAAGAAAUCAUUCUGGUAGAACAAGAGAAGAAGCAAUCUCUACCCUCAUGCUCUCCCUCCAUUGCUCCUUGGCUUGUUCAGGUGUGUAUGUUUUCAGCCCAUAGUUUGACAUGAUCGUUUUCCCCUUCUUUUGCUCUGAUUCCUCCAUAGCCGGUGUUGAUGAAGUACACAGUGAAAUAUACAGACUACGUCUUAUGCCGUUUGUGACGACAUUUAUUGUCGUUCUGUGCAAUCGUGAGCGUGCGUUCAAACGUACAGUAGUGUUAUACAGAAGCAAUUGCUUUCUACCGAUAGCUUGUUCUGUCACUAGUAUUUCAUUGCGGAGAACAGAGAAAUCUGAAGUCAGGGUUUACCCAUCGACUUCAAGCAAAGUUAUGGCUUUAACUCCCUGAAGGAAACUCAGCCGGAGGCAAAACGUAAAAAGUGCGCGCGCCUUCAGCUGAGCUGAGCUGGAGUAAAGAAUUUCGAAGGACUGGGAACUAGAAUAAAAUUCAACAUGGCGGCCGAAGUUGCUCCACAACCAUCGAAGAAAACUUUGUCGAAAACUCUCAUGGAAAUGAAGUUCAUGAGGAGGAAAGCAGAAUCAGACUAUCGCCGCCAACUUGAAGAAGAGCGACAACGUGCUAUUGAAGAAUCGCACUGGGUACUGGACGAGAAAGAAAAAGAUGAUCGAAGUUGCAUUGAGUUUGAACCCAGUUAUGUCAAAUGUGAGGAACUUUAUCCAAGUGGUAGGAUGUCUUUCAAGAACUUUAACCCAACAGUUGAAAAGAUGUUCAAAGAGAUGUUAGCUGAGGAAAAUUUGGCAAGAUCAGAAGCUAGGGAAAGGGAAGAAACAGUUUCUGACGAAGAGAUGGCAAAAAGAUAUGAAAGCUUUGUGGGAACAGUAGCCAAGAAAUUUUCAACCAAAAGGAAAAGAUCAUCAGUUGGUGCUAGUUUCGAAUCAGACAGUCCUUCUAUAAAUCAACCCUCCAAGAAAACAAAAAGAGAAUUCAUGAAACCAAAGGACCGAUAAAUAUGGGAGGGAUCUUGAAAAUUAAUAAGAUUUUGUAUUUUUGACAUACAGUAAUAUUUAACUUUUUAAAGCAUUUUUUAAGUGAACCAUUGUUCAGGCAUGCUGAAACAUCUGUUUAGACUUUGUUCUUUACUUCUGUUUUAAUAAUAUUAUAAAAUUAUGUUUUAAAAAGGAAAAGUUAACAUCAUUAAUUUUUAUCAACAGCAUCAUUGAAUGUAUGAGGAGAACCAUAUAGCUAGAGUCUCUUUCAGCAUUGGAGGCCUGUGAUAUUAGCUAAUUAUUGAUUCUUCCUUUUUUAAUUUCUCAAAUGAAAGCAUAAUUCAUUUCAUGAAGUGACACAAUAAUAUAAAUGGUUGUGAAAAAGUUAACAGUAUAAAUACAGUCAAGUUUGCUUCCACUCAAGCUGCAGGGAACCUGGUAUGUGUGUAUGUAUACCUAAUGGACCACUCCCCAUUGGGGCUUUUCAGGACCAAUGUAAACAAACAGUGAUAAA